AUGACUGCGGUGUCGAUCGAGCACGAUCCGCCUGUGAAUUCAGAUACUUUGCUUUACAAGAUCCUCGUGGAGCUGGGAUUGCCCAGAGACCAAGCAGAGGCUGUGGCCCGGAUGCCCUGCAGCGCCAAACGUUUCUACUGCGAUGAUCAGGGAGAACUCACAGAAAUCACUCUGCAACAUUUGGAUCUUCGGGGGCGUAUCCCCAAAGAGCUUGGUGCCUUGCGGUUUCUUCGCCAACUAAACCUCCAAGUGAACCAGCUGAAAGGCCAGAUCCCAAAACAGCUGGGUCAGUUGAAGUUCUUGGAAGUUCUUGGCCUGGCAUCGAACCAGCUAGAUGGCCGGAUUCCCGAAGAACUUGGGCUACUUGAGAACCUGGAGUGGCUUCAACUGGAACACAACCAGCUCAAUGGCCCCAUUCCGAGGGAGCUGAGCCAGCUGCAUUCGUUACGAGGGCUGCACUUGCAUCAGAAUCAGCUCGCAGGAUCUAUCCCUAAAGAGCUUGGCCACUUAACAACAUUGGAGGAGUUGCACCUUUCGCAAAAUCAACUGACGGGCCAAAUCCCGACAGAGCUUGGCCAACUUCAGGGUCUUUCUGUGCUAGAUCUGGCGGAGAACCAGCUUCAGGGCAGCAUUCCCAAAGAGCUUGGCCAGCUACAGAAAUUGAGGAGUCUUUUCGUCUACAAGAAUUCUUUGGAAGGACUUCCCACAGAACUUGGUCAGUUGCGCAACUUGAUUUCUCUCCACCUUGCCCAGAACCAGAUUCGAGGCCACAUCCCCAAAGAGCUCGGCCAGCUCCGAUUGCUGAAAAAGCUUGACCUUUCUGAGAACGCGCUGAGUGGUGAAAUUCCCCAGGAGCUUAGCCAACUGGACUUGAGAAUUCUCGAUCUUUCUCGAAACCAGUUGAGCGGAGGCAUUGCAUUUCUUUGGAAUACCAUUUGCAGCCUUACGGUUUUUGAUAUUAGCCACAACGCUCUUAGUGGGGAGCUCAACAUGGAAGUGUCUGAGACUGGGCAGUCAUGUCAGAAGCUCCGACACAUGGAUUUGAGCCACAACAAGUUUCGUGGGAGUCUCUCCAAACUUGUAGAUAUCUUUUGCAAGUUGAGCCCCAUCGGUGGAUCGUUGCAAGAGCUUCGUCUCAACCACAACGAGCUCAUUGGUGAAAUACCACAGUGUUUGAUGCAAUUCCGCCAUUUGACUCUUCUUGCACUCAACAACAAUCGUUUACAAGGGUCCCUUCCUGAAGUGCAUGCUCCGGAGCUAGUGGUGCUGGCUUUGCACAAGAAUGAGUUGUCUGGUAAGCUUCCCAGUAGCUUUCACACGCUGAGGCAUCUUGGAGUGUUGACCCUGCAUGAGAAUUCCAUCGGGGGCUCCAUCAGCGACAUUCGCUUGAAUGUGACGUGCAUGGAUAACUCCAAGUUCGCGCUGGGCCAGAUGGGCUGUGGUGAAAUCUCGCUAACAACGAGAGGGAACCCAUGGUUCAACUUCACAGAGAAUGAGCUACAGCAAAUCAGGAGCAACUGUCCUACUUUGACUGGAUGCCCUAGACAUGGAACGGCCAACCUGACUCUGCACCGGAAUCGUUUCUCGUGCGCAGUACCCGAACGUGUCGACAAUGUCACGGUGACGGGUCUUGUGGUUAUGGGCAACAUGCUGGGAUCUGGCUACGAGCUCGCUUCAUCUUGGAUACUUCCAGAAGAGAAACAAUCCUUCCUUUACUACUCCCAUGAGGUUUGGCAAUCCAAUUGGCAUGUUCUCUGUGGAUUUCUGCUUCUUCUGCUUCUUGCGGCUGUCUGUCGACCACGACAGAGGCUGCAGAAGACCUUAAGAAGUUUGGAGGUUUCGACGACGGCUCCGGUGGCGUCUGCGAACUUCGGGUUGUUGAAAACAGCGCAAGCCACGCUUUUGCUUGCCACUCCGCUUCUUUUCAUUUAUUUGUGCAGCGAAAGCUACUAUGACUGCAGUCCUCCCUUGUGGCAAACGACCUCUGCAAAUCUCCAAGCAGAGCCUUUGGCAGACUUUUGUGUCAUAGCCUGUUGGUGCGCAAUGCUUGUGCUGUUUCGCACAAUCAUUGCCAGCAUGCCAGCCAGCCGGAGGGUCCAGAGCGAGAGAUAUGGGAGCAUGGGUGGAUUUACCUGGGCCUAUCUCUUUUUGCGAGCUCGGAGAUUUCUGGUGUGGCUGCUCUGGUUUGGUGUUGUAACGGUUUUCUCUUUGCCAUCGGUGUUGUAUGCGUUUGCCAACUCCUUGCCCGCGCACAACACGUCUGGCAUCAAUGAUGCGAUGCUGAAUUUCAUCCACAGAACUGCGCCUGUCCUCACGGUGUUGAUCGACAUGGUCCUGGUCGUGAGAAUAUCAACCAAGUACUCAAGGCUAACCGGAAUCAAGGCAGAUCGAUUGGUGAUGACGUUUCGCUUGUUUGCCGCUUGGCUGCUGCCGCUGCUCAUCACCGUCAUCUUGGAUGAGAACUGCAUUUCUGGAUGGAAGUGGACGUGGACGGUUUGCCAAGCAGAAUCUGCACAACACCGGAUUUUUGAUUGGACCAUCUACAAUGAAGAGAUCCUGAACACGCAACGCGAUAUUUGCAAUCUGAGCGAGACUUGGUGGUCGGACGGCCGCUGCAGCCGUGCCAUCGUGGGGAAUUUGACGCCUUUCUUGCUCAAGAAGCUGCUCACGCGAAGCUUUCUGCAGCCGCUCAUCUUGCUGUCGCUCUGGCGCCUUUCGCGCCUGGAAGAUCGACGCGACGGCUCCAAAGGACGUCAUCUUCGAUUUCUUGGAGGUCCCAAAGGCCAUCCUCUACAACUCCUCGGUGUGGGUCGUCGCACGAGCGGAUCGCUGGUGCCCUUGCAGCAAAUGCCCUUCCUGACGACCCUGAUGGAAUUGCUGAUGUUUUGGACGCCCUUUGUGCCAUUGCUGAGCCUGGGCGUCCUCAGUGCCAGCACCGUGAACAUGCUCAUCUUCGACCUGGGCGUGUGGCAUUUCAGGGUGCAACUUCCAGACGACGAGGUGAACCGCGCUGCCGGGCUGUCCGGAUCAUAUUUGAGCUUUGCACAGAUUGCUGGGAGCAGCCUCCAGCUGUGGCAUGCCUUCAGCAGCAACAUGCAUGGGAGGUACAUGCUGCUGACCUUCAAUGUUCUGGUCAUAAACCCAUGGGCGAAAUGCUUUUUGCCUCUCGAGCGGGCGAGGAAGCUGUUUUGGGAGCCCCUGAGCCGAGUGCAGGAGAUGGUCAUUGAGAUUCCUCAAGCUGGUGAAGCUCAGGUGCCGGGAGAAGCGGAAAGCAUACUUAUGAAGAACAUGGAAAAAACAGAACAUCUGGACAUUGUUUUCAGACCAGUUCUUGAGUUUCAUCUUUUUGGUCCUUUGUCUAGCGGUUUCCAUGUUUCUUUACAUAAUGUUACACACUUUAACUUUAAUCAUUGCAGGUAG